ACUUCUCAUCUUCUCUCCUACUAAUAUCCAUCUUCCCCUUCCCCCUCGCCUCAAUUACUUGUUUCUGGUUUAGAAUCACUUGAAUCAGAACCCCAACCUAUGGCACACAAGGCCAUUUGUGGUGUCGUGCUAGCAAAUCUUCUACUGCAACUCCAGAUAGUUUUUGCAAAAGUGCCUGCCGUCAUCGUGUUCGGGGACUCCUCGGUAGAUACAGGGAACAACAACCAAAUUGCUACUGUCGUCAAAAGUAAUUUUAAGCCCUAUGGUCGCGAUUACUAUGGCGGUCAGCCCACAGGACGGUUUUCUAAUGGCCGAGUGUACACGGACUUCAUUGCGGAGGCUUUCGGGAUCAAGUUGACAAUGCCGGCUUACCUGGAUCCAGCGCAUAAUAUGACAGAUAUGGCCACCGGAGUUUGCUUUGCCUCAGCCGGAACCGGUUACGACAAUGCCACUUCCGAUGUUCUGUCUGUGAUUCCUCUGUGGAAACAACUGGAGUACUACAAGAAGUACCAGGAAGAGCUCAAUGACUAUCUCGGACAAGAAAAGGCCGAAACAGUCCUAAGAGAAGCCUUGUACAUCAUAAGUUUAGGAACCAACGACUUCCUAGAGAAUUACUAUGCAGUUCCGGGCAGAUCAUCAGAGUACUCCGUCGAAGAAUACCAGAAUUUCCUAGCAGGAAUUGCAGGAGGCUUCAUCAAAGCGCUUUAUGGGUUAGGCGCUCGGAAGGUAUCACUAGGCGGGCUUCCACCAAUGGGGUGCUUGCCCCUGGAGAGAACUAGGAACCUUUUGUUCGGAGGCGGUUGUAUUGAGGAGUAUAACAAUGUGGCUGAGGAGUUCAAUGUGGAGUUACAGGGCUUGGUCUCAAAGCUGAACAAUCAAAUUUCAGGAAUCCAACUAGUGCUUUCUGAUCCGUAUGAUAUUCUCUUGGAUAUCAUUCAGAAUCCAGAAUCAUUCGGAUUCACGAAUGCAAAAGAAUCCUGUUGCGGAUCCGGCUACUUCGAGAUGGGUUAUCUGUGUGACAAAAACAACCCAUUCACCUGUCCGAAUGCGAGUAAGUAUGUGUUUUGGGAUUCGUUUCAUCCAACGGAGAGGACGAAUGGUAUCGUUGCCGAUCAUGUCAUGAGAACUUCUCUAGCUGGAUUUCUAGUUCCGUGAUAUGAUCUUGCU